AUGGCCGCCGCAACAACCUCUGCCCCGGAAAUGGGCACAGUCACAACAACAACAACACUGCAUCCCAACACGAACCUUGCUGCUGUUGCUCCCAUGGGCUCGAUACCUAACAACGCUCCAACUCCCUACGAAACAUCACCAACUCUACCAUCUCCGCAUACUCUCUCUACCGGCGCGCCGGGACCCACGCCUGCACCUGCAGGAACCCCUGUACCACCUGCUGCCGGCGGAGCAUCAACCUCGGCGGCGGCAGCGGCAGCAGCAGCAGCGGCGGCGGCGGCAUCAGCUUCACGUAGUGUCAAGAGGCCGCGUCCCGUCAAGUCGUGCACCGAAUGUCGCAAGCGCAAGUUGAGAUGUGACCGCAACUUGCCAUGCUCGCAGUGCCAGAAGUCACAUCGCAACUGCAAGUAUGCCGCCGAACACGACUCGUCAAUGCUCUCAGAUGGCUCGGACGCCGAGAUGGGCGAAGUGCAGCGUCCGCCAAAACGGAAUUGCCUGCCCACAACCGCGACAUCGGGCCCACAGACGGCCGAGUCGUCUUUUGUGCCCUUGCGCAACGGAGAAUCAACUGGUCACACUGCUUUGGACGAACUCACUUCACGAUUGGACCGUUUGGAGAAACAAUUCAUGAUUAGGAGCCCUGCAGGCACGGAAUUCAGCGGAACUGGUCAGCGUUUGCCGCUAUCGCCGGAAACAAUUCGUGGGCUGACGGUCAAGAGAGGCGCCCUACGGACUCGAUUUUUUGGUCAAAACAGUGUGCGCGUUUUGUUGAACCUGUUUGACGAGGCCAAAGAUUUCAUGGCAAACCAGUCCAAGAUUGAGGGUAUCCGAGAGACCAUGUACGGGCUGCAGAUACUACACAAGAGGAUCCAAGAGGAGUAUCGAAAGUCGUUAUCCCCGAUAUCCGUCUUUGCCGAUUCGGUCAUUCCGGUCCAGAAACGCAUGCAGGAUAUUCUUCCCAAGAAAUCGAUAUGUGACAGGCUACUGGCUUCUUACAUCGACACGUCCGAGACCAUUUACCGGAUGAUUCAUGUUCCCACUUUCAAAGAACAACACGAGUUAUUCUGGGAAGGGAAAUUACAGGGGGACACAUUUCUUCCUCAGCUUCUGACUGUGCUGUCCAUUGGCUCGAGAUUUGAGACCAAGUCAAAGGGACUAGGUCAUGAGCGCGUGGAGGGAGUCCAUAUUCCCACAGCGUGCGCACUGGUCAGGUCAUGGCUGGACGGUCUGAAGGGCAAACAGCUGGUUGAUUUGACAACGUUGCAGACCGAGAUUCUCCUCGUUCACGCUCAGAGGAUGACCACGCCGAGGCCGCAGGAUUCGUGGGCGCAAUUAGGUUAUAUCGUACGCAUGGCCAUGACUAUGGGCAUGCACCGAGACCCAUCGGAAUUCGAACCUCGGGUGCCGGUGUUCUUUGGUGAGCUACGGCGGAGGCUGUGGUUUACGAUACUGGACAUGGAUCUGCAUCUCUCGCUAGCAUGUAAUCUGUCCUGCCUCGUGCGCGAUGGAGACUUCACCUGCCGACCGCCCCGAAACCUCGACGACAGCGAUCUUUUCUUUGACAUGAAGGAGCUCCCGCCGAGCAAGCCUAUCGACCAGCUUACCGACAACCAGAUGCAGGUAUACGCUGCUAUGACGUUGGGAGCUCGUAUGCAGGUUGCGCACCUGAUCAACCGCGUGGAUUCGAUCCGGGAUUACAGCGAAAUUAUCGAAGUUGGGACGAAGCUCGACCGGUUCUUGGAGGAUAUCAACUACCUGUUCCCGCGCCAUGGUAUUCUAAACGAAGUCGAAAAGAGCAAGCAGUGGAGGUCGAGGGUUAUUCUCGACAUGCAUGUCCGACGGCCUCUGCUGGCCCUAUACCGCCCAUUCGCGCUCGGUCUGCCAGACGCUCCAUCCCAGAUAUCGAGGGCCUAUUUGCGGUCUUCCAUGGUUAUCAUGCGAUACCUCGAUGAACUGGACCCCCUCCUCAGUCAUUUCCAGGAUGUUAGCGACAUGUAUCACAUGGUACUGAAGAAGGACAUUCUGCAGGCGGCCUUUAGCGUGUGCUUUUACAUCAAGGCAGCGACCGAAUCCCAUAUCAACGGGAACACAUUUGGAAUAGCAUCUACCGUGGCCAUGUCUCCGGAUCCGAUGGAUGAUGGGGUCACCUUCAGCACCGAAACAUUUGCGCUCUGGUCACCAUCUCGCUUGAUCAAGACGGUCGAGAAGACGCUCAACCUACUUGUUCGCAACGUUGGUGGCAACGAUGUUAAGGAUAUUGUCGCGCUCGCCGUGGUCCUUGCCUCAGUGCAAUCCACAAACCAAGAGCAGAAGCUGCAAGACAUUCGACGCAGCCUUCAAGGCGUGCUCGAUGCCUGUCAGACGGCUACGAAUACUAGCCCCGAAAAGAUGUCCUUGCCCAAACCGGCCGACCCGAUGGAUCCCUACAUGCAGACGAGGCCCCCGUUCAUGUUUCAUGCAAAUGCGUCGGCGGCUGCGGUAAGUGACUACGGCGGCUGGGUGCUGUGGGACGGAUGGGACUGGGCUGAUGCGUGGUCGGCAGACUCCGGAUGA